CCGACCCUUUGCUUUCUGCCUCUCUCAACUCUCUUUCUCCCCCCAAACUAAAAUCUCUCCCCAAAUCCCUAAAGCUAAAUACAUUCUCUCAGCUUGCUGCUGCCGCUGUCUCUCUUCUUGCUUGUGUGCGGUGUGCGUGUAUCAUGACUGACUGUUGUGUAAGCUCCCUCCUCUCCUUGUGCGGUGGGUUGUGUGUAUUGUGUGCCGUAUCGUGCUCUCUGGUUACUGCAGUCUCUCUUCCUCCAUCGAAGACCUUCGAAAUAGUUCUUUGUAUGGUGGUUCAAGUGUGUACAAUGGAGGAAUUGCAUUAAAUAUUGUAUUCUUGUCAAUUUUUGAAGUCCUUCCACUGGACAAAGCCACAAGCGCAGCAACAAGACCAGCAUUUCCUACAAUCGUUGGCUUAGUGUAAUUGUAGUUGGAACGGAUAUCUUGGAAACUAUCAUGCUGGUCAGGGCCGCCAACCAUGGCUCCAACAAUAGUAUUUGGAUUUGGUCUUCUACUGUCUCUCCAUUUCCAACCUCCUUUGCAACCAUGUUGUAUGGAAUUGAAUUUGUUGACAGUGAGAUUUAUUAACUUGGCUCAUUGCUUAUAAAUAUUAGUAAAUUUGAAUGCAUGCAGAAUUCUAUAGCUUUUACAAGCCUUGUCAUCGCUGCCAUCCCAACAUUCUAUAUUACUUGCUGCCAGACUAGGAGAAAACUUGGUUAUAUAUAAUUCCAAUGCUAAAGGUCAAUAAUGAAGUCAAAUUUAGAAAUGUGGUUAAUUGGUCUUUUCCCUGAUUUUUCCUGUGUAAGAUCUUUGAAGCUGAGGUAGAAGCAGUGAAUGAUCACUUCUGCACCAAUAUUUCCUCUGUCAGUAAUUUAUUGCAGCAUCAAAGAUAGGUGCUGACGUAUUGUGGCCUGAAAUGGAAGACUAGUUGCAAUCUAAAUUUCACAAGGGAAUAAGGAUAAUGCUUUCUUUGUUAACAUUGAGCAGAUGUAAUCAACUCUUUCAAAUCACUCGCAGGCGACCUCAUUUUCUUUUCCUUAUUGCUUGUAAAUUAUCCAGCUUGACUGAAGUUGAAAGAAUUACCAAAAUCAUCAACGAUAAUUGCUUUCCUGAUGAACCGUUACACCCCACCCUCUUGAAGCAUCUCUCUCCGGGGUCUCUCUCUACGGUCUUUGUUGAGAAUGUUCUUGGCCGCCUUUUUGCAGCUCAUUCCAAUGGCCUCAAAGCCUUGGAGUUCUUCAGGUUUUCCCUACAUCAUUCCCAUUUUAUUCCGAGUUCAUUUGCCUUUGAAGUGACUCUCCACAUCCUUACACGGAUGCGGUAUUUUGAGAAAGCUUGGGAGUUUAUGGUGGAAAUUGGAAAAACACACCCUUCCUUGCUUACCCUUAAGUCAAUGAGCAUCAUGCUAUCAAAAAUUGCCAAGUUUCAAUCCUAUGAAGACACUCUUGAAGCAUUUGAUAGGAUGGAGAAAGAGGUUUUUGUCGGGAAGACUUUUGGCACUGAAGAGUUCAAUGUUCUCCUUCGAGCAUUUUGCACUCAAAGGGAGGUGAAAGAGGCACGUUCAGUGUUUCAAAAGAUGCAUGAUCGAUUUAAUCCAAAUGCCAAGACCAUGAAUAUCUUGCUUUUGGGAUUUAAGGAAUCAGGAGAUGUUACUGCAAUGGAGCUUUUUUACCAUGAGAUUCUUCGAAGAGGCUUUAAGCCAACCACUCUAACUUAUAAUAUUCGGAUUGAUGCUUACUGUAAGAAAGGUUAUUUUGGUGAUGGUUUAAGAAUCUUUGAAGAAAUGGAACGGAUUAAUUGCCUGCCUACAUUGGAAGCGAUCACUACUUUGAUUCAUGGAGCUGGGGUUGCUCGAAAUGCAAUCAAGGCCAGGCAAUUAUUUGAUGAAAUUUGCAGGAGAAACUUGCAGCCUGAUACUGGGGCUUAUAAUGCUUUGAUCAGCUCACUCAUUAAAUGUAGAGAAUUGAAGUCUGCCAUGAGUUUGAUGGAUGAGAUGGAAGAGAAGCAUAUUGGUCAUGAUGGUGUGACCUAUCAUACAAUUUUCUUGGGAUUGCUGAAACAGAAUGACACUGAGGGCGUUUAUGAGCUUUACCACAAGAUGAUCGGCAGGAAAUUUGUUCCGAAAACUCAGACUAUGGUCAUGUUGAUGAAAUUCUUUUGUGUAAAUGGCCAGGUUGAUUUGGGAUUGGAUUUUUGGCAAUACUUGUUGGAGAAGGGAUAUUGUCCCCAUGGUCAUGCAUUGGAUCUGUUAGUUACAGCAUUGUGCUCGCGGGGGAGGUUGCAAGAAGCAUUUGAGUGCUCGAAACAAUUUUUGGAGAGAGGAAUGCGUUUGAGUGAAGUUGUAUAUCGGAUGUUGGAGAGAUUUUUACAGCAAUCUGAUAACACAGACAAGCUGAGGGAGAUCAAUGAAAUGAUAAAGAAAUUACAAUCUGUUUUGCCCCCAUCAAAGGGACAUGCUUUUGCUUAUUCUUCCUCCAUUGCUAUAGCGUAGCAUUUUCUGUUUUUAAAUGUUCUUUAUAACUUUAUCUGAACUGCAUCAGGCAUUUUUGAGUUUGUUUUUCUUCACUUCUUUACUGGACAGAAAUUGGAGAGCUUUGGUUAGUUCA